AUGUGCGCAGCCGGGACCCCCGUCGCCUGCAGCGCGCGCCUGACAGCGCGUCCCAACAGUUUUCUACCGUUGCCUCCACCACCGCCCCGGCUGUUGCUGGUGCUGCUGCUUCUCCUGUCACUGGUAAGCCGCGUCCCGGCAGAGCCCGCUGCCCCUGGUCGCGCGUUGGCGUCUCCGGAUUUCGCAGGGGUUUCUGGGGUCCCCGCGGAGGAGGCCAUAGUGCUGGCGAAUCGUGGGCUCCGGGUGCCCUUCGGCCGCGAGGUCUGGCUCGACCCGUUGCACGACUUAGUGCUGCAGGUGCAGCCGGGGGACCGCUGCACAGUGACUGUGCUAGACAACGACGCGCUGGCCCAGCGGCCGGGGCGCUUGAGUCCCAAGCGCUUCCCGUGCGACUUCGGCCCUGGUGAGGUGCGCUACUUACACCUAGGCGCGCGCAGCCCGUCGCGGGAUCGCGUGAGGCUGCAGCUGCGCUAUGACGCUCCAGGAGGAGCGGCAGUGCUACCCUUGGUGCUGGACGUGGAGGUGGUGUUCACGCAGCUAGAAGUUGUGACUCGGAACUUGCCCCUGGUGGUGGAGGAGUUGCUGGGAACCAGCAAUGCCCUGGACGCUCGGAGCUUGGAGUUCGCCUACCAGCCCGAGACGGAGGAGUGUCGUGUGGGCAUCCUGUUAGGUUUGGGCGCGCUGCCUCGCUAUGGGGAACUCCUCCACUACCCACAGGUCCCGGGUCAAGCCAGCGAGGGGGGCGCCCAAGAGCCUCUUCUGAUGGACUGCAAAGCUUUCCAGGAGCUCGGUGUGCGCUACCGCCACACCGCCCCCAGUCGCUCACCAAACCGGGACUGGGUGCCCAUGGUGGUGGAACUGCGCUCCCGAGGCUCUCCACUGGACAGUCCUGCUUUGAAACGGGAGCAUUUCCAGGUGCUGGUGAGAAUCCGGGGAGGGGCCGAGAACACAGCACCCAAACCCAGUUUUGUGGCCAUGAUGAUGAUGGAAGUGGACCAGUUUGUACUGACUGCCCUGACCCCAGACAUGCUGGCUGCUGAGGAUGCUGAGUCUCCUCCUGACCUGUUGAUCUUCAACCUCACCUCCCCAUUCCAGCCUGGCCAGGGCUACCUGGUGAGCACUGAUGAUCGCAGCCUGCCUCUCACCUCCUUCACACAGAGGGAUCUGCACCUCCUGAAGAUUGCCUACCAGCCCCCCUCAGAGGACGCUGACCAGGAGCGUCUCUUUGAACUUGAGCUGGAGGUAGUGGACCCAGAAGGAGCAGCCUCAGACCCUUUUGCCUUCAUGGUAGUGGUGAAGCCCAUGAACACGCUGGCUCCGGUAGUGACCCGGAACACUGGUCUCAUUCUCUAUGAGGGUCAGUCUCGGCCCCUCACAGGCCCUGCAGGCAGUGGGCCACAAAACUUGGUCAUCAGUGAUGAGGAUGACCUGGAAGCAGUGCAGCUGGAGGUGGUGGCUGGACUCCGCCAUGGUCACCUGGUCCUUCUGGGUGCCGCCCAUGGCAACUCUGCCCCUAAGACCUUCACAGUGGCCGAGCUAGCAGCAGGCCAGGUGGUCUAUCAGCAUGAUGACAAAGAUGGUUCACUGAGUGACAACCUGGUGCUGCGAAUGGUGGAUGGAGGAGGAAGACACCAAGUACAGUUCCUGUUCCCUAUCACCUUAGUACCUGUAGAUGACCAGCCGCCGGUCCUCAAUGCCAACACAGGACUGACACUGGCAGAGGGUGAAACAGUGCCCAUCCUGCCCCUCGCUCUAAGCGCAACUGACAUGGACUCAGAUGACUCUCUGCUGCUUUUUAUCUUAGAGUCACCCUCGUCUGCCACAGGACAUUUGCUUCUCCGUCAAACUCAUCCUCCCAGUGAGGAAGAGGACUUUCUCAGGGGUUCUUGGAAGAAACAGGGAGAUUUCUAUGAACAAACUGUGACAGAGUGGCUGCAGCGGGACAUCAUGGAAGGGAGGCUUUUCUAUAGGCACACUGGAUCCCAUAGUCCGAGGCCAGUGAUGGACCAGUUCACAUUUUGGGUCCAAGAUAAUCAUGACCCCCCUAACCAGUCUGGACUGCAGAGGUUUGUGAUACGCAUUCAUCCUGUGGAUCGCCUUCCUCCAGAACUGGGCAGCGGCUGUCCUCUUCGGAUGGUGGUGCAGGAAUCCCAGCUCACACCUCUGAAGAAGAAGUGGCUGCGCUACACUGACCUGGACACAGAUGACCGAGAACUGCGUUACACAGUGACUCAGCCCCCGGUGGAUACAGAUGAAAACCACUCACCAGCCCCACUGGGCACCUUGGUGCUAACAGACAAUCCCUCAGUGGUGGUGGCCCAUUUUACCCAGGCCCAGGUUAACCACCAUAAAAUUGCUUAUCGGCCUCCAGAUCAAGAGCUGGGAGUGGCUGCCCGAGUGGCCCAGUUCCAGUUCCAGGUGGAGGAUCGAGCCGGGAAUGUGGCUCCGGGCACCUUCACCCUGUACUUGCAGCCAGUGGACAAUCAGCCACCUGAGAUCCUCAACACCGGUUUUACUAUUCAGGAGAAAGGCCACCAUAUCCUGAGUGAGACAGAGUUGCAUGUGAAGGAUGUAGACACUGAUGUAGCCCACAUUUCUUUUACUGUCACACAGGUACCCAGACACGGCCACAUAAGGGUGUCUGGACAGAUACUGCAUGUAGGAGGGACCUUCCAUUUGCAGGACAUAAAACAGGGUCGGAUUUCCUAUACUCAUAAUGGGGAUGAGUCCCUGACAGAUAGCUGUUUGUUGGAGGUCAGCGACAGUCAUCAUGUGGUUCCCAUCACUCUCAGAGUAAAUGUCCGGCCCGUGGAUGAUGAGAUGCCCAUGUUGAGCCUUCCCCCAGGUACCCUGGGAUCAUACCUAGAUGUGUUAGAAAAUGGGGCUACUGAAAUCACUGCCAAUGUUAUUAAGGGAACUGAUGAGGACACUGAUGAUUUGAUGUUGACUUUCCUCUUGGAAGACCUGCCUUUGUAUGGAGAAAUCCUUGUCAAUGGAGUCCCAGCAGAGCAGUUUACCCAGAAGGACAUCUUGGAGGGCUCUGUUGUCUAUGCUCACACUAGCGGUGAGAUAGGUCUGUUGCCCAAACAGGACUCUUUCAAUCUGAGUCUGUCUGAUAUGUCUCAAGAAUGGAGAAUAGGUGGCAAUACUAUCCAAGGAGUUACAGUGUGGGUCACCAUCCUCCCUGUUGAUAAUCAGGCCCCAGAAAUAUCUAUAGGGGAAAGGUUUGUGGUAAUGGAAGGUGAUAAAAGUGUUAUAACUUCAAAGCAUGUAAGUGCCAAAGAUACGGAUUCCCUAAAUGAUGACAUUUUGUGCACGAUAGUUAUUCAGCCUACCUCAGGUUAUGUUGAAAACAUUUCUCCAGCACCAGGCUCUGAAAAAUCAAGAGCAGGAAUUGCCAUAAGUGCUUUCACUCUGAAAGAUCUGAGACAGGGUCAUAUUAAUUAUGUCCAGAGCAUUCAUAAAGGGGUGGAACCUGUGGAAGAUCGAUUUGUAUUUCGUUGUUCUGAUGGCAUUAACUUUUCAGAGAGGCAAUUUUUCCCCAUUGUAAUCAUUCCUACCAAUGAUGAACAGCCAGAAAUAUUUAUGAGAGAAUUUAUGGUGAUGGAAGGCAUGAGUCUGGUGAUCGAUACUCCCAUCCUCAAUGCUGCGGAUGCUGACAUUCCCCCAGAUGACUUAACUUUCACUAUCACCCGAUUUCCUACUCAUGGUCACAUCUUGAACCAGCUGAUAAAUGGCACAGUUUUAGUAGAGAGCUUCACCCUGGACCAGAUCAUAGAGAGCUCCAGCAUUAUUUAUGAACAUGAUGACUCUGAGACCCAGGAAGACAGUUUUGUGAUUAAGUUAACAGAUGGUAACCACUCUGUAGAAAAGACAGUCCUUAUUAUGGUCAUCCCAGUUGAUGAUGAGACUCCCAGAAUGGCCAUCAAUAAUGGACUAGAAAUAGAAAUUGGGGAAGCUAAAGUGAUCAACAACAAAAUAUUAAUGGCAACUGAUUUAGACUCUGAAGACAAAUCCUUGGUCUAUAUUAUUCGUUUUGGGCCAGGACAUGGCUCAUUACAGAGACAGAACCCUGUGGGUACCUUUGAAAAUAUCACACUGGGCAUGAAUUUUACCCAGGAUGAAGUGGACAGAAACGUAAUCCAGUAUGUCCAUUUUGGGCAAGAGGGAAUUCGGGACCUAAUUAAAUUUGAUGUCACUGAUGGGAUAAAUUCUCUCAUAGACCGCUACUUCUAUGUGACUAUUGGGGGCAUAGACAUCGUCUUCCCUGAUGUGGUAAGUAAGGGAGUAUCCUUGAGAGAAGGUGGUCAAGUCACCCUCACAACAGACCUACUAAGUACUAGUGACUUGAACAGUCCAGAUGAAAACUUAGUCUUUACUAUCACCAGAGCUCCCACAAGAGGUCACUUAGAGUGCACUGAUCAACCUGGAGUGUCCAUCACUUCUUUCACUCAGCUCCAGCUGGCUGGCAACAAAAUCUACUACAUUCACACAGCUGAUGAUGAGGUAAAGAUGGACAGUUUUGAGUUUCAGGUCACUGAUGGACGUAACCCUGUCUUCCGAACUUUCCGUAUAUCCAUUAGUGAUGUGGACAACAAGAAGCCAGUGGUGACCAUCCAUAAGCUUGUUGUCAGCGAAGGUGACAACAAGCUGAUCACUCCUUUUGAACUCACCGUGGAAGACAGAGAUACUCCCGACAAACUCCUGAAGUUCAUUGUCAUACAGGUACCUGUUCAUGGUCAGCUCCUAUUUAACAACACUAGACCUGCCAUGGUUUUUACCAAGCAAGACUUGAAUGACAAUUUAAUCAGCUACAGACAUGAUGGCACUGAGUCAAGUGAAGACAGCUUCUCCUUCACAGUGACUGACGGUUCCCAUACUGAGUUCUACGUUUUUCCUGAUACAGUAUUUGAAACAAGGAGGCCCCAAGUAAUGAAGAUUCAGGUAUUAGCUGUUGACAAUAAUGUCCCCCAAAUUACUGUGAACAAAGGGGCCUCUACCCUUCGCAUUCUGGCUACCGGUCAUUUGGGCUUCAUGAUCACCAGCAAAACCCUGAAAGUGGAGGACAGAGACAGCUUACAUUUUUCUCUCAGGUUCAUUGUAACACAGGCUCCUCGGCAUGGCUAUCUCCUCAACCUGGGCAAAGGCAACCACAGUGUCUCUCAGUUCACACAAGCUGACAUUGAUGACAUGAAAAUAUGCUAUGUUUUAAGAGAAGGGGCCAAUGCCACAAGUGAUGUGUUCCAUUUUACAGUUGAAGAUGGUGGUGGAAACAAGUUAACCAAGCAGCAUUUUCGUCUGAAUUGGGCUUGGAUCUCCUUUGAAAAGGAAUAUUACCUCAUCAACGAGGACUCCAAGUUUCUAGAUGUUGUACUUAAACGUAGAGGUUACUUGGGAGAAACUUCGUUUAUAAGUAUUGGCACAAGAGAUGGGACUGCAGAAAAAGACAAAGACUUCAAGGGCAAAUCACAGAAACAGGUGCAGUUCAACCCUGGCCAGACCAGGGCCACAUGGAGAGUGCGGGUCGUGAGUGAUGGGGAGCACGAGCAGUCUGAAACCUUCCAGGUGGUUCUCUCAGAGCCAGUGCUGGCUGCCCUGGAAUUCCCUGCAGUGACCACAGUGGAGAUCGUUGACCCAGGAGAUGAAUCAACUGUAUUUAUUCCCCAGUCUGAAUAUUCCAUUGAAGAAGAUAUUGGUGAACUGUUCAUCCCCAUCAGGAGAAGUGGAGACGUGAGUCAGGAGUUGAUGGUGAUCUGUUAUACACAACAAGGAUCAGCCAGCGGAACUGUGCCGACGUCAGUACUGUCCUACUCUGAUUACAUAUCCAGACCUGAGGACCACACCAGUCUAGUCCGCUUUGACAGAGGCGAGCGAGAGAAGAUGUGCAGGAUUGUGGUGAUUGACGACUCCUUGCAUGAAGAGGAGGAAACGUUCCAUGUCCUUCUGAGCAUGCCCAUGGGAGGGAGAAUUGGAUCCAAGUUCCCAGGGGCUCAGGUUACAAUCGUCCCUGACAAAGAUGAUGAACCGACAUUCUACUUUGGUGAUGUCAAGUACUCAGUGGAUGAGAGCACAGGCUAUGUGGAAGUGCGAGUGUGGAGGACUGGCACUGACCUGUCCAGGUCUUCCAGUGUAACUGUGAGAUCUAGGAAAACAGAGCCUCCCUCUGCCGAUGCUGGAACAGACUAUGUGGGAAUCAGUCGCAACUUAGACUUUGCACCUGGAGUCAACAUGCAAACUGUUCGUGUGAUCAUUCUGGAUGAUCUUGGACAACCAGUGCUGGAAGGAAUUGAGAAAUUUGAACUGGUGCUUCGUAUGCCAAUGAAUGCAGCGCUUGGAGAGCCCAACAAAGCCACAGUGUUCAUAAAUGACUCUAUCUCAGAUUUGCCGAAGAUGCAGUUCAAAGAACGAGUGUAUACUGGCAAUGAAAAUGACAGGCAGGUAGUCGCGAUGAUCCACAGGAGUGGAGAUGUCCAGUACAGGUCCUCAGUGAGGUGCUACACACGACAAGGGUCCGCACAAGUCAUGGUGGACUUCGAAGAGCGCCCCAACACUGAUUUCUCUGUCAUCACAUUCCUCCCUGAGGCAAUUAUUAAAUUUGGAGAAACUAAAUUUAGCAUUAGUGAACCCAAAGAACCAGGACAGUCGUCAGUGGUAAAAAUUCCAGUGAUUCGCCAAGGAGAUACUUCCAAGGUUUCCAUCGUAAGAGUCCACACCAAGGAUGGCUCAGCCAUCUCCGGAGAAGACUACCACCCCGUGUCAGAAGAAAUUGAGUUUAAGGAGGGAGAAAACCAGCACUUUAUUGAAAUUGAAGUAAUCUUCGAUGGCAUAAGAGAGAUGAGAGAGGCCUUUACUGUUCACCUAAAACCCGAUGAGAACAUGAUAGCAGAGACGCAGGUAACCAAAGCCAUUGUGUAUAUUGAAGAAAUGAACAGCAUGGCAGAUGUCACUUUUCCUUCUGUCCCUCAAAUUGUGUCCUUGCUGAUAUAUGAUGACACUUCUAGAGCUAAAGAGAGUGCUGGGCCCGUGUCUGGCUAUCCUGUCGUCUGUAUCACAGCUUGCAACCCUAAAUACUCUGAAUAUGACAAAACAGGCUCUAUUUGUGUGAGUGAGAACAUCAAUGAUACUUUGACACGGUACCGAUGGCUCAUCAGUGCUCCCUCUGGCCCUGAUGGCGUGACCAGCCCCAUGAGAGAAGUGGACUUUGACACCUUUUUCACAUCAUCCAAGAGGAUCACACUGGACUCCAUAUACUUUCAGCCUGGCUCCAGAGUACAGUGUGCAGCUCGAGCUGUGAAUGCCAAUGGCGAUGAAGGCCUGGAGCUCAUGAGCCCUAUUGUAACCAUCGGCAGAGAAGAAGGUCUUUGUCAGCCCCGGGUGCCAGGGAUUGUGGGAGCUGAGCCUUUCUCAGCCAAGUUGCGUUACACUGGCACCGAGGACCCAGAACACACAAACCUUAUCAAACUCACUGUCACAAUGCCUCACAUCGAUGGCAUGCUUCCUGUCAUCUCCACUAAGGAACUUUCCAACUUUGAGCUCACCCUCAGUCCCGACGGCACACGAGUUGGAAACCACAAGUGCUCCAACCUUCUGGAUUACACUGAAGUGAAGACCCACCAUGGCUUCUUGACUGAUGCGACCAGAAACCCAGAGAUCAUAGGAGAAACAUAUCCUUACCAGUACAGCUCGUCCAUCAGAGGUGCCAGCACCCUGCGCUUCUACCGAAACCUUAACCUGGAGGCCUGUCUGUGGGAGUUUGUGAGCUACUACGAUAUGUCAGAACUGCUUACUGACUGUGGAGGCUCCGUUGGGACCGAUGGUCAGGUCCUAAACUUAGUGCAAUCCUACGUGACCCUUCGAGUCCCUCUCUAUGUCUCCUACGUGUUCCAUUCUCCUGUCGGGGUAGGAGGCUGGCAGCAUUUUGACUUGAAAUCAGAGCUUCGCCUCACUUUUGUGUAUGACACUGCCAUCUUGUGGAAUGAUGGUAUUGGCAGCCCACCAGAAGCCGAACUUCAAGGGUCUCUCUAUCCAACCAGCAUGCGCAUCGGUGAAGAGGGACGUUUGGUCGUGAACUUCAAGACAGAAGCUCAAUUCCAUGGUUUAUUUGUGCUUUCACAUCCGGCCUCGUUCACAAGCUCAGUCAUCAUGUCAGUGGAUCAUCCGGGCUUGACAUUUUCCCUCCGUCUCAUCAGGAGUGAGCCCACCUACAACCAGCCAGUGCAGCAGUGGAGCUUUGUGUCUGACUUUGCAGUACGUGACUACUCAGGGACCUACACUGUGAAAUUGCUACCUUGUACCACCCCGCCGCACCAGGAGUACCGCCUGCCCAUCACUUGCAACCCCAGAGAGCCCAUCACCUUUGACCUUGACAUUCGAUUCCAACAGGUCAGUGAUCCAGUGGCAGCUGAGUUUAGCUUGAACACCCAGAUGUAUCUGCUCUCCAAGAAGAGUCUCUGGCUCUCUGAUGGAUCCAUGGGAUUUGGACACGAAAGUGAUGUUGUGUUUGCGGAAGGGGAUGUAAUUUAUGGCCGUGUCAUGGUGGAUCCUGUCCAGAAUCUGGGCGACUCCUUCUACUGCAGCAUUGAGAAGGUGUUCCUGUGUACUGGGGCUGAUGGGUAUGUGCCCAAGUACAGUCCCACCAAUGCAGAGUUUGGCUGCUUAGCUGAUUCACCUUCACUCUUAUAUAGAUUUAAAAUUGUGGAUAAAGCUCAGCCAGAGACACAAGCCACCAGUUUUGGUAAUGUCCUGUUUAAUGCCAAACUGGCGGCAGAUGACCCUGAAGCUAUUCUCUUGGUGAAUCAGCCUGGAUCUGAUGGAUUUAAAGUCGACUCAACACCUCUCUUUCAGGUUGCUCUGGGACGAGAGUGGUACAUUCACACUGUCUACACAGUUAGAUCAAAAGAUAAUGCCAAUCGAGGCAUUGGCAAAAGAAGUGUGGAGUACCAGUUCCACUCUUUGAUGGGUCAAGGGAUGCUCCAGGCAACUACAAAGAACCGGAAGAAAAGGGAGAUCAGGACCGCACCCCCACUAGUAUGGGAAAUCGGUGCUGAAAACAACCGAGGAACGAAUAUCCAGCACAUUACCUUGGACAGAACCAACAAGAGGCAGGUCCCCCAAGGGCGGAUUCCUCCUGACGGUGUCCUCCCCCGGGAGCUCAACAGCCCCAAUUCUGAGAUCAACCUGUUCACAGUUGUGGGAGGUGUUUUGGCAGGAUUACUCACCCUCUGCUUCACCACCAUCACAGCGAUGGUGUGCAGGAACAAGAAGAAUGCCCAGAAGAAGGCCACCUCCAAGGGUUCGGGCAGCAGCGAGCCCAUGAUGCCCCAGCAGGGCCACCAGAGCGACAGCUCAGAGGUGUGA